GAUCGGGCGUCGCGACGACCGAGACCGCACAGUCGCGCGCGAAGCGCCGUCGCACACGAACGUUUCUGUUCGUACGGUCGCUCUAACGCCCGACUAAUACAUAUCGUAUUUUUCGACGCCUCCGUCGUCCCGUCGACAGAUAUUAUACAGAUAUACACGAGUCGAUUGAAAUAAAAGUUUAUCCUGGAAUCUCAGUCGCAAUCAGCAGUUCGUACAACGAUUCGAUCGCGUUUACGGCAUCACGGGGCAAUCGCGCAAUUCAACUUGAAAAAGAUCGACGAAAAGAGCGGAUCUCGAAGGGACAAAAAAAACCGUCGAGGGGGGGUACACGGAGAUCGGAGAGAGAUAGAGGAAAAAAAAGAGAGAGAAGGAAUAAAAACCAAAUAAAUCUAUAAUCAACCGGAACCAAGCGAGAAGAAGAACCGACCGCAUGGGGAGAGCAAGAAAAACGGCGGGAAAAGCGAAACGACUCUUGUAAUUAGUAUAAAGGAAUAAAAAAUAAUGCCAAACAACUACGUAUACAUUUGAAUCGAUCCAAUUGAUGCGUAGAGAGCAAUAGCCCCGAGGAAAUACGCUCUGAGAUUCACAUUGUUUUCGUAUUAAACUGAAAGAUAAGAACAAAAGUUGUAAAAAAACAAAACAAAAAAAAACAAAACUCGCCAUUUGUUAACGAAUGCUCGUUGCAUUAUUAUUUGUUGUUGGAUUUGACAGUGCCGAUGAUCGUCGUAAUCGAUGUAGUCUGACAUUUGGAAAAAUUCGGAAGAAGAACGAAAAUAAGAAAAAAACGAACCAAAGUGCUGCAGUAAAUUGAAAACAAAUUUUUUUUCCUCAUACCAUUUGCAAUAUUCUCGUUGAACCGUUGUUACCAAGCGACAAUGAUACGAUGAGAUUAUUACUCGAGCGAUAAUUUAUUUAAGAAUAAAAAAAGAAAAAAAAAAAACGGUCAAGUACCUCAAACAUCGGGGGUGGUGCUACUGCCGGGCUCACUACCCUUUACAGUAAUAAUUAUUCAAAACUGAUAUUACGAAUUGAAUAUUCUGUAAAAUAAGGUGAGACAUCGUGUUCGAGUUAGUGGGAAAUAAAGUUUUAAAAAACUAUGAUAUGAACUAUAUAAACAGCAAUAAAGUUGUGGAUCAAAUCGACUGUUGAGAUUUGAAAGAAUAAAAAAAAUAAUCAGAAAGUUGAAAAAAAAAAAAAUCUAGUAAUUUUCAAUACGGUGAUAAGGUUCAACUGUGAAGUGAUGAAGAUGUCAUCAUCCCUAGACUUUGAGAAAUAAUUUAAAUAAGAAGGGGAAUGGAUUUUCAGAGCGCCAUGGAAACGUUUGCAGAGGCAUGGGUGGCCGCUAAUACCAAAACUGAUCAAGUUCAGAGCCAGGCGUUAGCGUUGACGCACAAAGCCUCGCCUCCUUCGAGACCGUGCAGCGUUUCUUCUUUACCGAGGAGUCCGCAAUCGCAUCAAUCCCAGCCCCACAAUACUCCGCAACCUUCGAUCGCUCAUCAAUCUCAAACACCGGUAACGACACCGCAGACUCCGUUCUCCGCUCACAGCCAGCAUACCAAACCGGAAGUUAACGCUAGUCCCAAACAGGAGGGUUUCGAUCUCAGCAAAAGCGCCACCGGAAAAAGUCUUCCAGUCCACUGCGUAGUGGAAUCCAUUCAUAGCAUAGUUGAAAGUCGCGUGAUAAGCGGAAGGGAGAAUUGGCGACGUCCUCAGGUUGAAACGGACUCGUAUGUCAUAAUUCCAGCAGCAACGGCGUUCCAGGAUUUGGUGGGAGCGGCUCUGGUGAGACUCGGUUAUCCCGCAGAUCUGACCCCCAGCGCUCGUGGGAGUAUUGUAAUCAGAAAUUGGAAACCUCUACCUUUGGAGAAGGUUGCCGAUGGUCCCUUGCUAACCGUCGGCGAUAUUCUGGCCGAAUUAACCACCGUAGCUACCCUCAGGAUACAAGUCUAUCGUUCCCGCCCACCUCCACCAAGCCCGGCAGCCGAGGUCAGGAGCAAACUCCUCAGGCUCUUGUUGCUGCAUAGUCACGCGCUUCUCAUGUCCGCAGGCUGCCCCCUAGACGAGAUGACGCUUUCUUCGUUGUGCGGGGGUGGCAACGAUCUAUCGGAGGAAACGAGACGCAGUUUCGAGUCGUGGUUGCAGCAACAGCAUUUGGGUUUGGGUCUGAACCCCCUGAUGCCCUCCGCGAAUCACCACCCCCAGAGUCCUCAACCUGACAGCGGUCCGCUGGGUCCCGGGGGUCCCAUAGGUCCGCCGCAUCCGUCGUUGAUGCCGUACUCUCACAAAACGCGUAUGCGUACCAGUUUUGAUCCUGAACUGGAACUACCGCGUUUGCAGAAAUGGUUCGGUGAAAAUCAACACCCAUCGCGCCAGCAGAUCCAACACUACGUCUCGGAGCUUAACUCCCUCGAAUCGCGGAGAGGGAGGAAACCUCUGGACGUCAACAACGUCGUUUACUGGUUCAAAAAUGCGAGGGCGGCUCAAAAAAGGGCCGAAACCCGGAGCGUCAACGGAUACAGUCCUCCGGGUCUGAGCCCUCGGGGGGCCAGCAUGGUCAGCGAGGACUGCAGCGACGAAGAGGACGAUUCCAGGCACCAGUCGACUUCUCCGUCGCCCUGUCCCCCGGCGAGUCCCCCGGUGGGUCCGUUGUCCUUGACGACAAGACCGGAAGAUCAGCAACCGCCUUCGUCGACUCCAUCCUCGGUGAAACAGGAGGACGCAAGGGCAUCUUCUGGAUCGGAAGACGACGAGUCGCACCCGACGGGUCCGCUUCCUUCGGGGUUCCCUCUCGUUCCGAGCCCGAUGUUCGGUCACAGCAUCAUGUACAUGCAUUACCUGCCCCCGCGAGGACCUCCGGGAUGUCCGGCAAGUCUGUUGGACGAAAGGAGGAAAAGGAACAGAACUUUCAUCGACCCUGUCACCGAGGUUCCAAGACUGGAGGCAUGGUUCACCCUCAACACUCACCCUAGUCAUGCGCUGAUUCUAAAAUAUACCGAAGAAUUGAACCGCAUGCCGUACCGCCAGAAGUUUCCGCGACUCGAACCGAAGAACGUACAAUUUUGGUUCAAGAAUCGCCGAGCCAAGUGCAAACGUCUAAAAAUGGCUUUAUUCGAGGGUGAAUCCCCACAACCGCAUCCAUACCACGCCGACUAGUUGAUUACAUACUCUUAACCGUGUACACUGUAUAAUACAUAAAUGCAAUUUGUUGAAUAAUUUGUUAAUUCUUUAAUGUUGAUUAAUCGGUAUGCAAUUCCAAAAAAAUAAAUAAUACUGACGAUGAAAAAAAAA